AUGGCGCUCCGGGGACACAGGGACGCCGAGGAGACGCUGUCAGUCUCCGCCCGGCCGCAACAUCAGGACACAGCGGCGACAACGAACAGUGGGCGUCUGUCGCUGAAACGCGUGCACUUCGGCCCCACCUCGCCCACCGACUCCUUGGGCGGCCUCACCAGCAACCAGUCCGACGGCCUUGCGCCCUCUGUCGCCUCGAAGGGCGCGGCGAGCGGCCAGCUUUAUGCGUCAUCCGUGCACGCACUAAGCAAGCUCUCCGGGGACGAUGCGCGCCAGAAGCUGAUCAAGAAGAGCGACUGGGCGACGGUCGAGGAGGCGGUCGACGCGAUGGGUCCGCAGUCCAGCCACGCGCCGACGCGCGGCAGGGAAGUGAGCCGCCUGGCGGUGGGGCUCGUCAAGGGCGACCAGCCGACGGAGUUCCUGAACAACUACGCCGUCGUCAAGUGGCUCGGCGCAGGCUGCUACGGCGACGUCGCCCUGUGCCUCGAUCUGUCUCCGGGCAACAACGAGCUCGUCGCGGUGAAGCGCGUGUUCAAGGAGGAGAGGCAGCGACGACAGGGAAGCACCCCCAACAGAGGCAGCCGCCGCUCCAGCCUGGAUCGGAAGCCAAGCAAGGCCGAGGUGCUGAAACGAGAGGCUGCUUUUUUGAAAGCUCUGGACCACCCGAACGUGGUGAAGCUCGUGGAGGUCAUCGACGACCCGAAGCGGGACUUCCUGCUCUGCGUCAUGGAGUACGUGGCAGGGGGCGAGCUCAUCAAGGGGGGGGUUCCAGGCUCCUCGACACGCGACUCAGCCCUGAAGCUGGACCCUGACGUGGCUCUCAUGUACUUCCGCCAGAUCCUGCAGGGGCUCGAGUACAUGCAUGCCCAGGACAUCACGCACGGCGACAUCAAGCCCUCGAAUCUGCUGCUCUCCGCGGAGGGCCGCCUCAAGAUCGCGGACUUCGGGUGUGCGAUGCACGGGGGGGUGUCCCGCCCCUUCCGCUCCGCAUGGGGCGGCACGCCAGCCUUCAUGCCGCCCUGCCAGUCCACCGACGACGCCGCAGAGGCGUCUCUAACGGGAGCUGAGGCCGAUCUGUGGGCUGCGGGCGUGACGCUCUACGUCAUGAUAUUCGGAAACGUUCCGUUUGGCAACGCAGCCAUGACGUCGUAUCAGAUGUACGACGCGAUCGCCUCGGACGAGCCCGCACACGUUCCGAGGGACGUUCUUGGCGGCGACUGCGCGGACCUCCUCGCGAUGCUGCUGGAGAAGGACACCGCGACGCGUCGGCGCUUGAUCGCAAAGCUGAGCGCGGGCGGCGCUGGCCAGGAGGGCGCUGCGGCGUGCCCGGUGUCGGCCGUGCUAGCCCACCCGGCGCUGCUGCGAGCGGCGGAGAUGUCGGAGAUCCUCGAGUUCGGCCGCAGCCUCAAGCUCGUCGGCGCGCGCCGCACGUGGGGCCUGAGUCCCCCGGGGGAGUCGUCCGACGGCGCGGGCCUUGUGGGCGUGCGAUGGACCUUGAGCGAAUCGCCCCGCCGCCCCAACGCAACCCCCGCCGACAGGAAGGGCUCCAACGGCGCGCCCAGUGCGCUGACGCGGCACGGCGAGCUGAGGGUGGAGCUGGACACUGACGUGGCAAAACGCCUCGGGAUCCCCGUCAUGGCGGUGCAGCCGGGCGAGAUGAUCGUCGAGGAGGGCACAGAGGGCGCCGAGCGGAUGUUCGUGGUCCUGGAAGGCACAGUCGAAGUGCUGCGGCUCGCGACGGUGGCUGCGGGGGGCAUGAACGGCGCCCCGGCGCCGAAGACGCCGCGCGGCAGCGUGUCCCGGUACUCCAGCGGCUGCGCACAGACCCCCUAG